CCCUUUCAGUCGGAGUAACAUGUCGUCUGUGCGCCAACACCCGAUUUACUAUAUUCCAGUUUUCUUGUUCAUUUUUGCACUUGCUCCAGCCACCGAAGCACUCGGUUUCAAGGCUGGAAAAGAAAACAUAACUACCAUCACACCAGGACUGUUUGCUUGCAAAGUGAUCUACUAUCCAAGUCCCUUCUACGGCGGACAGCAAGUAACGGUUCUCGCGUCAGUUGGUCAUACCGCACAGAGCCAAACGCCUCGGAACGGCGCUGCAGUCUGGGUUGAAGAUGUUACAGCAAGUGAAUUCACCGUGUGUGUCCUUGAAUUCGGAAAUGGUUCCAACAGGACUUUGGAGGUAAACUGGUUAUCCUUCCAGGCUUCCCUGCGUGGAUCUCAGAUUGGUACUGCAUCUUUAAAUUCUUGGACAGCUGGGACGAAAUGCAAGAGGAUCGAUUUUCAGCAGCUUUUCUCGAUUCCGCCAAACAUAUUUGCAACUGCUGGUCACCAAAUUCCCAAGAGACCCCAGGACGCCAUGGCUGUGUGGGUGGAGGAGUUGAGGGUUGACAAUUUUAAAAUUUGCCUCCGAGAAGCCAAGAUUUUCGAUGGACCUCAUAAAAACAUCAAAAUAAAUUGGAUGGCAUUCACGAAUCUGAGAGCUGACAAUUUUACCAUAACCGACAGCCUCGUGUUUACCAAUACAAACUCACCAUCUCCUCAAGAUAACUACGCUUUCUGUCAAACAAUAAACUUCACAGAGACAUUUUAUGCUCCUCCUGUUGUGUUAGUCACGCCAAGGCGCAGCCGCAACAAUAACAAUUCUAAUCUGUCUGGGUCACGUUGUAAUGCAGUUACUGCUUGGGUCGAGCAUACAUCUACGACAGAUGCACAGGUGUGUGUGAAGAAUUACAACAGUAACGUCAACAAUAAAGAUGUUAUCAAUGUCGACUACUUGAUCACUGGAGACUUGGAUCCUUGUAUCGACGUGACAUGUCAUUAUCACUGUCUGUGUAAAUCGUAUGGACCAAAUGAUGCUCGCUGCGUUGCUGAGGACAGUUGUCCUUCCUACCAAGAACCCGUCUGCUCGUCAAAUGGCACAACAUACGACAAUGAGUGUUUGUUUCGACAGGAAAUGUGUAAUCUGCAAUUGAACUUUUCCGUUCAACACCCUGGUAGUUGUGAAGGAUUUCCUUUCCAGCGAGGUCGCCGUCACAUGCCACAUAUUCCUUCACUGGGAUAUUCUCAUUGUGAAGUAAUUCGCCUCAAGGCUUAUGUGUUCUAUCCAGACAAACCACUUGAAGUUCAGAUCACUGUCAAUCAUAUUGACACCAGUGACAAGUCAUAUGUACAUGAUGCCACUGUGUCGUGGAUUGAAAAAGUCAGUUACGAUCGAUUCACCACGUGUGUGAUGGUGGCAGGGUACAAUGAACGGAGAUCUAAUGCUAACGUGACAGUUGACUGGAUGGCGUACCAAGGGGCUCCAGUGGGUGGUGUUGCCGGGGAAGUACGAAUAUCACAAUGGUGGACUGGAACGACUUGUAAAGCUGUCAAUUUUCCAUCGGUUAGUCUUUUCUGUUUUAACUUAAAUUGCACUAACUUCACUUUUACCAAAGAUGUCACUGGACCACUGAAUAGUACUUUCUUUAACUCAUUCUAGGCUUUACAAAGUCUGGAUUACUAGCUAGG